AUGUUUGAGAUUGUGCCCAUGUACGAUGCCCAGCGACUCGAGCCCGCCGCCCUGCGGCUACUCGAGCUCCUCGCCUUUCUCGGCACCGGCCUGCCCGAGACCCUAGUAAAGGCGCUGGCCCUUGAGCUCCUGCCCGCCGCAGCCGCCGCCGCCGCCGACGAGGAUGAGGACGAGGCCGACGAGGCCGACGAGGACGAGGAUGAGGACGAUGAUGACACACCGCCUUACGACGAGGCGGCCUAUGCUGCUGGCCGCGAUGCGCUCUCCGCCGAGCCGCUCAUCGUGCUCGAGGGCCCCGAGAAGAAGCUCGUCAUCCUCGACGCCCUGCAGAACCAGGUCUUCGCCACGCUCAACGACUACAAGCGGCACCGCUUCUUUACAGGCGUCACGCGCGCCAUCUGGGCCGAGUGGCCGGCCGCGCUGCCCGCGCCGUCGCAGCCGCCGCUGCUUCCGGAGCCCAAGACGCGCGCGCAGCAGCUGCUGCUGGUCAGUCGCUGGCCGGCCUGCGAGGACCUGGAGCACACCGUGACGCGACUCGAGGACCUCUACCCAAGCAGCCGAGAGCUGCUAUCCGACGAGGAGGCUUUACUCUGCGGCAAGCUGAUAACCGAAGGAGCAUGGUUCCAAAUCGAACGCGGCUACCGAUCCAAAAUCAUCCCCUGCCUCAUCACGGCCAUGCACAUUGGGCUCGCGACCGAGCACCCCGACGCCGCGGCCUUUGUCGCCGACGUGCGCUUCUGCCUCGGCGUCGUGGCCAUGGAGUCCAACGACUUUGGCGUGAGCCGGACGCACAAGGACAAGUCGUUUGCCAUUGUCGCCGGCCUGUGCGCCGGCGGCCCUGACGCCGACGACGAGCGGCUCGCCCUCGCCUACGCCGAGCGCGGCGUCUCCCGCCUCCAGGACGCGCGCUACGACGAGGCCGUCGCCGACACCCAGGCCGCGAUCCGCAUCAUGCGCCGGCUGCGCGUGCCGCACGGCGCCCCCGAGGCCAACCUCGCCUGGGCGCUGCUCGCCCAGCGCCGGCUCGCCGAGUGCGAGGCGCUGCUCGACGAGAGCCUCGCUGCCGCCGCGCACGACGGCGAGGGCACGGGCCUGGGCCUGCUGCUCAGUGCCGCCGCGGCGCUGCGCGCGGCGCAGGGCGACGCCGAGGAGAGCGGCGCGUGUCUGCGCGGCGCGUGGGAGCACCUCUGCGGCGUCGUCGGCAAGAGGGACCCGUGCACGGCGCGGGUCGCGCACAAGCUCGCUGAGCAUCUCCUGCGGCGGAGCGAGCCCGAGGAAGCACUGGUGCUGUUGAACGAGGCGCUCAAUGCUUGGGGCGUCGAUCCGCUGGCGAACCAGAAUGAGGAGGCGCGCACGCUGUAUUGGAAGAGCAGAGCGGUGGCGGCGCUCGGCAGGGCGGAAACGGCGACGAGGUUGCGCAAAAAGUCGAUUUUGCUGUAUAAUGACAUCACCAACGAGAGCAAGGACGUGGACACGAUCAGUGCCCAAGAUUUCGAUGCUCUAGUGCCGUUUUGGUCCCGAUAG